AUGCUGGUGCGCCAGUCGUCGGAUGACUUGCAGACGUUUGGGGAGGCGCUUGGCGGGAAGAGCGCGGCGGCGAUUGUGGAUUCAGGGGAUGGAGAGAGGGUUUUUAUGGUUGAUGGGGAUACUUUUAACUCCUUCCAGGAAGCUGCGCAACGGACGUGCGAUAAUCAGUUUAACGACUGUGCAGAUGCCGCGAAUGCGCAAGGGAAUAAAGGUGACUUUACUGUGGACGACUGCAAUACACAAAAAUCGAAUUGCCAAUCGGCUCAGAGUUCUGCAUCGAUAACGACCUUUGGUGCCGUGGCACAGCAGACUGCCGUAUCCACAUCAUCAUCUUCCUCUUCCUCUUCGUCGUCAUCAUCAUCAUCUUCUUCCUCAUCGUCGUCUUCAUCCUCUUCAUCUUCGUCUUCCUCAACCACAUCCACCUCUGCUACCGAAGUUGAAGCCUCCACCUCGGCUCCUGAAGUCGAAGCUACCACCUCGGCGCCGCCACCUCCUCCGCCCCCGCCCCCUCAGACAACUACUUCUGCCGCUCCUGAGACCACCACGUCCGAGGCACCGGAAACUACCGCCGCUGCCGCUCCGGACACCAGCAGUGAGUCGAGUGUCGAAAGCGUACCGCCACCCAGCACCACGGCCGAGGAGGCGGAGCCGACGACAACAGCUGCUCCAGCCGCCGCCACUUCUGCAGAGGAAACGACAGCGAGCGCAACACCAACGGGAACGAUAAACAUCGGGCCGGAUCCCGCGUUCCCUGAAUUCGAUUUGAUCUGCGACGAGCUCUGA